AUGGCGAGCUUCGGUGCUGGGAAUCCUUAUGGGGAUCCGAACUGGUACAACGCGGCCUACCACAGCCCCUACUACAAGGAGACGCACAAGGCGUGGCGCGCCAGGUGUCGGAGCUUUGUGGAAGAGCACAUCAUGCCCUUCGUGAGCGAGUGGGAGGUCAACAAGGCAGUGCCUCGGGAGACGUACGUGAAGUGUGCCGAGGCUGGUCUGCUGCCGGUGGUGGUAGGUGCCCAUUCUGGUGCCUUCGACCUUGUUCCCAAGGAGGCUCCACAGGACUUGGACUACUUCCAUGAGCUCAUCUUCGUGGACGAGCUUGCCAGGUGCGGCAGCGGAGGCGUCUUGUGGGGCCUCAUCGAGGGGCUCCAGAUCGGUUUGCCGCCCGUGCUGAACUUCGGCACGGAGGAGAUGAAGAAGCGCGUGGCGCCGGACUGCCUCAUGGGGCGGAAGAUCAUCUCUCUGAACAUCACAGAGCCAUCCGCUGGCAGCGACGUCGCAGCCAUCAAGACCACGGCCAUCCGAGAGGGGGAUUUCUACAUCGUUAACGGCAACAAGAAGUGGAUCACCAAUGGGAUCUUCUCCGACUACUUUACUUGCGCCGUGCGGACGGGUGGACAGGGCAUGCGAGGGGUGUCCAUGCUGCUGCUCGAGAAGGAUUCCAUGCCAGGGAUCACGACGAAGAGGAUGGACUGCCAGGGCGUCUGGCCCAGCGGGACGACCUAUGUAGAGUUCGACCAGGUCAAAGUCCCCGUGGCCAAUUUGAUCGGCAAGGAGAACGAGGGCUUCGGUGUCAUCAUGAAGAACUUCAACCAUGAGCGCUGGGGCUUCGUGGUUCAGGCGACUCGCUUUAGUCGCGUGCUCCUGGAAGACUCCUGGAGCUUUGCAAACAAGCGAAGCACUUUUGGGAAGAAGCUCGUGGAGCACCCGGUGAUACGCUGGAAGUUGGCCGAGAUGACCCGUCAGGUCGAGGGCAUCCACCACUGGCUGGAGAACAUGACCUUCCAGCUCUGCCAGAUGCCCAAGGACCAGGCCAUGACCACACUGGGCGGACCCAUCGCGCUCAUGAAGGCGCACUCCUCGAAGAUCUUCGAGUACUGCGCACGCGAGGCGCGGCAAAUCUUCGGGGGCAAUGCCUACACACGGAGCGGCCUGGGAGAAAGAGCCGAGCGGCUGUACCGUGACGUUGGCGCCUACGCCAUCCCAGGCGGCAGCGAGGAGAUUUUGCUGGACCUGGCCAUCCGCCAGGGCAACAAGUCCAAGCUCUGA